AUGUUUCCCUCGGCCCCGCUGCUAGCUGUUGGUUUCAAAGCGGACGAGUUGGGUGAGGUUAGUGAUGAAGCGAAGGCUGAAGGACUGGGCUUCGUGCACGUGCUGGUGCGAGUGGCUAAGGAGGAGGAGUUAAUUCCGAAGAAGUUGACUGAAGAUGGCACCAAGAUAUGGAGUAACUGGGAAAAGGCCGGCACGGGUUGCCCUGCGCUCGAAAUGGGCGCGAGCUCGUUUGUUCGAAUCCCUGCUGCGUAUGCUGAUGACAGCGGUGUGGCCGCGAGGGAAGGAGAUCUGCUCUUGUACCGCCGCCGCCAGCUCGUGAGUGAAUGGCAGACUCUUAAAGCGCUCGUUUGCGACACUUAUGCGGAGCUGUGGAUCGUGGGUCCUCCAGGGACAGGCAAGUCCUGCGCAGCGUUUGCGUUUGCUUGCUCUUUGGAUCGAACCGACUGGGACGUCGUAUGGGUUCAUUUCCCUAAGAAUGGCUAUGCAGACUUGCUCUGCAUCCUUUUUCGUGGUGCGAGCGAGAAGUGGACGUGCAGCAUCGAUCAUGCAGACAUGCGAGUCCUGUUGAAUUCGCUGAGGGAGAAGACGAUUGUUUUUCUCGACGGGUUCACUGCUGAGAAGGAUAACGGAACCCGGAAAGUGUGCGCGAAAUGGCGCCUAAGAAACAAGCUGUACCGUCGGUUGGUGUGGGUCAGCUCGAUGGUAACACGAGGGAAGGAUUUCUAUUCCGUCGAAAGCGGCAGCGUCCCCGUCACUGCCAAAGUAACCCUUACUAGCAAAGCGGUUGUUGGUGCGUCGAUCCCGAAGUUUGACGUCAGAGACCAAGAACUCUAUGAGCUCGUGUCAUGGACAAUGGAAGAGUACAAGGCGGCACUGGAGAACAACGACUUCUAUAAUCUCGUGAAGUUUAAGCUGACGAGCGACCCCGACCCUGCGCGCUGGGAAGAUCGAAACGAACUAUUGGAAAUCAAGUUCUUUGUAGUGGGUGGCAACGCUCGAUAUAUGUUUGAUUACACUACCGAGCAAGCUGAGGCCCAGCUAAGUAGGGCAAUUAAUUGCACGCCAGAUAUCGAAGCAGUAAUCAAGCGAAAGGUUGGCAUCGCGUCCCCCAAUGCUGUAAACCGACUGUUUUCCUGGUAUCACGCUGAAGGCUCAGUGGAGACAAAGUCAUGCUUGUUGAGCAAAUUUGUAGCCGGGAAACUUGCUCAGCAACUUGGGCCCGACUUUGUGCAAGACAUUUCAUCGCUCUUCCAAAUUAACCCGGCGAUGGACGGCUAUUUGCUCGAGCUGUGGUUCUUUGCAAAACUUGUCCACGGUGGUGUUGAUUGCUACACGGUCCAAAAUGAAUCGACGCUUUCAACGAAAAAACAUCACGGGCAUUGGCAUGCGCAUGAGGUUCCGUACUUCGAUCCACUCGGUAUAAUCCCGUUAACCACCAUGUCAUCUCAAUGGAUGGCUCCAAGGCUGUGGAACCAAGGCGGAUAUGAUGCUGUGUGCCUGGAAAUCCGUGAACGAAACCCCACUACGGAUAUCGCGGUUCCAUCAAACUGUACUGGGGUAAUACGAGUCCGAUUUGUUCAAGUGACUCGCGCGAAGACGCACUCUUUCAAGGAGUUGUAUUUCAAAACGUUUCUGACUCGGCUGACCACUGGAUUGAGCAACCACAACUUCUGGUUCGAAGAAGUUGAAGUGUGUUUUGUGACCCCUAUUGGCAAGCUGAUGCGGGAAGGCUUCAGAAUAAGCGUUACGGAGUUAACGCUUCGCAAGGAGGUUUUGCAGCCAGCCAGUAUUCCGGACACAACAAAAAUCAGCAUCUUGGUCGUCGGGGUAGACUACGCUGAGUACGAAGAGAACCCAGCAAAGCGACUCAAGAGUGGGUGA